GUCGCCUAGAUGUGAAGUGACAAUGUGGUGGAAGGUGUUGCUCCUGGCGUGGGUGUCUUUGCACGUACAAGCAUACGGGCUGCUGCUGUCUGCUGGGGAUGUUGGCUGUGACAGAAAUGGCAUAGAGCUUGAGUGUCGUUACGACGAUGUCAGCGAGGUAGUCAGUUUGGCAAGGCCUGUGGAUACGUCUAUCAAGAAGGUAACCAUACACAACACCAGAAAACUACAUAUAAGUGGUUCUCUGUGUGUCAACAUCUCGCUAUACAACGUUUCGGAAGUUGUCGUGUUCAGGGACGGCGAGGAUGCGUGUAAAGAAGACCUCGAACUCUUUGCCAAAGACUCUUUCCUUCAGGCGGUACCAAGACAAGUGAAACGCCUUGACGUACAGGAUUCUACUAUAGCGUCUAUUACGAGUACAAUCAACGUCACCAGUUUGCUUGUAACCCGUUCAGUUGUUGGGGUUCUGAACAUCGAGGCACCUCUUGUAGAUGGUUCCUCAGUGGCGAUUCGACAUUCCUCUGUCUCGAAGUUCCAGAGACUCGAACUACAGUAUGGUUCGAAGCUUCAUAUACAAGAGACAAACGUGUCCGAACUUCUUCCGCGGGGUCUCGUAGUAAGUGGAGGAUCAGCCGUUGUGGAAAAUUCCGCAUUUAAAACUACUUCGAGGGAGAGUGUCGUCUUGAGCCUUGGGGGUGAAAUAAGUCUCAGAAAUAAUACCGGUAAUAUACAAGUGGUAAAUGUCGUGGACGAUGCAUACAGAGGACAAAUUUUAUGUGUAACUUGCGGAGAUAUCUCUUAUUACAGUUACUUUGGCGAGUUUAUUGCUGUUUCGGUUCUAUUGGCCUUACUGAGUGCGAUUUCCUUGGCACUGACGUGUAGACUCUGUCAGAAGAGAAGAAAGUCGCGUGCUAUUACUGAAGAAAUUAGCAUUGCUGAUGACAGUGAGAAAAAUGAAACCAACCAGCCUUUGCUUGAAGACAACAAUUCGAAAGAAAAUGUCGAGAUUCUUUUGAAAGAAACGGUAGCCAGCGUGAACGAAGAGACUUCCAGGCAUAAGCAAAUCCUGACCGAGCUCAAGUGCAAUUACGAAUCCGGUUUACACGAGACCCAAGAACAGACAAAAGCGAAGGAGCAGCGGCUGGACUCAGACAUGAAAUCAGAACUGAAGGCGAUCGAGCACCAGUAUAGCAAAGAGCUCCGCGAACCGACCAUGUUCAACUGGGACAAAAUCAAGGAGGUUCUCCUGAAAACGAACGAGGCGGCAGUUGAGCACAUUGUAGAAAAGUACAAGGAACGCAAGUACGACAUUCAGAAUCACUGCGACGUGCACAAACUCCACUAUAAUGUGGCUCUGCUUCGGGAAAACAAACAAUACCUGAUAAAGCUGAGUGAAGUGGGAAGAACCGCCCUGAUCCGUUGGAAUAAAAUCCGUAACUUAUCCAGCGAAAUCGGAGACGACGCCUCCGCCCAAGACCGUCUUUUCAACCUCCUGGAGAGCCUAUUAAUCAAUCUGAAAUGCGAUCUGGAGCAAAGUUACGAACGAGAAAUUUUAGAGAAAGAUAAGAAGUAUGGGGAGGAUACCCGGGCGCAGCAGGAGAAGCUCUCUCGAAAAAUAGAAAAGAUAGAUUCUGAGUUCGAAGAGGAGUGUCGAAAAAUAGAGCAGUCGCGAGCGGAGGAAAUGGAAUACACGAGCCUGUGGAACACUCAGUAUGUCCGGGGGAAGAUUGAAAUGCUGUACAGUGUGAGGCUUCAGACGGCCAAGGUCCUCCACAGCGUUGCCCAGAAGAAAGCCCAGGACAAGCACUCCGACGUCAGUCUCAAACUCCAUCACCUGGAGGUACUGAUCCGACUCCAAAAUCGACACAUAACCAACAUGGAGAAACUCCUGACGAUGAUCAUCGAUACUAUAACAAUCCACCGCCAGGUAUCACCGCGGAGGAUGUCUGGCCAGUCCUUCGAAGACGAAAUAAAACUCCAAGACUUCCGAGAGGCGCGGAAUGAUCCAGAAGUGUUUCUAAGAUUCGUUUCAGAGACGAUCGAUGAAAUAGAUCGCGGAGAGAAGCAGGCUGCAUUUAAACCAGAGACUGAUUUAAAAUUGUACAAUCUUCCCAUGCCGCUGAAGGUAAGCCCCGUCAGUGACCAAUUUCAGAAAAGCUUGAGUUCAGCGAAUAGACCAGAAAGUGCAGGAGCUCAGAUUGAGAAAUCCGAGUCCCAUUGCCAGGUCGCGGAAUGUACCACAGAGAAUAGGAUUGAAGAUCACAUGCAAGCAAGUUUAGCGGAUACGAUAAAAAUAGCCGAGGAAAGAAAUGACACGGGAGAGAACCCUUGUGAAGAUGAGGCAAUGACACAAAGCACAAGACCUGACGUCAGUGGGAGCAAGAAAGAGAGUAUGACAAAACUGCAGGGGAUCGAAACACAUUCUGACGUCCCUGCUGGCGAGGUUGCAGAAAAACCAGACGUCACGUUAUAUAUAGAAGCGGAAUCGAGUAAAACAAAGUGAUUUUACACCCGUGGCAAUAUACAGAGACGAGAUGAAAAGCGGUGAUGUAAAAAGUACAGAAAAUAUCAAAUAUUCUUGAACAAAAGAACAUUUAUUGUUUGAUGAUUGUUUAUAAAAAGCGAAAGGAGACAUUUGUAAUUCAUAUCUUAAGAGUCAAACAGAAAAUAUCUACAUGAAAAUGCAUUACAUUACUUUUGAGGAAUGUUAUUAAAGAAAGAGAUAUUCGUUAAAUUUCAUUAAAAGACCUUACAACCUUCAACAUGCGAAGAUAAAACGCACAAAUAAAAGAUAGAGAGACAAAGAGAAGGAGUUUUACGAUUAAAUAAACAAAGGAAAAGAAAAAAGAAAAUGAAGGACAUAAAAGAAGAUGUAAAUAAAAAUGGAUCCUUUCAUUUUCUUUUUUUUAUUGGUGUUCUUGAUAAUGUUUCAUGAUAUUAUCUACUGUCAUGCUGCUGCUCCAGCUAUCAUUAUCUGUAUCAUUA